AAGCGUUUAAAAAGGAGGAGGGACUGCUUGUCAGGAAUGCCUCAGAACUGUGAAAAGAGCUUGUAGAGCUGAGAGUGGAUGUAGUGGGUCAGCCUGAAAGCUGAAUGAGAGACAGAGAGCGUGUGAGCUGACGUGUUACACCUGAGUGGCCUCUGUAGGAAGGUGUCUGCUUUCAUACUUCUGCUUACUGAUUUUCGCAAAGGUGUUUGUGUGCACAUGCUGCUGAAGUGGAUAUUUCCCAGGUUGACUUGCACCAAACCCAAAAAGCUGCAUCUCUGAGGACACCUACUCUGUGCUGCGUGCUCUUCGGCAUGGAUCAGCCAGCCAGCAGUUGCAUGCGGAGCCCUCACGCGGGCGGCGCUCUAUGGGGUUGCGUCAGGAGCCCUCACUCGGGAGGGUCCGGGGCCGGGCUGCAGCCCUACCAGCAGGCCCCAUUCGCCCUGCACCAGAAGCACGAUUUCCUGGCCUACACGGACUUCUCCAGCUCCUGCCUGGUGCCGGCGCCGCACACUUAUCCGCGCGAGGACAGACUGUAUCCGGAGACACACGGCGGGUACCAGCGGACGGAGUGGCAGUUCUCUCCCUGUGAGCCCAGAGGCAGAGGGCAGGAGCCGUGCCAGGGGGCGGCAGAAGCAGUGGGAGCUGAAAUGGACAGUGAAGGGGGACACAGGCUGCCUGGAGCAGUCACAGCAUGUCUAGAGGGAGAGUAUUCGCCUCAAAGUGUGCCAGCCGUCGACACAGAGAAAAAAAGCUCCAAGCGGAAAAGAGAAAUCACAGAUAUUCAGGACUCAAGCUUCAAGGCAGACUCGAACUGCAAGGCUAGAAAGGAACGAACAGCCUUUACCAAAGAGCAACUUCGAGAGCUGGAGGCCGAGUUUACCCACCACAACUACUUGACCCGCCUGCGACGCUACGAGAUCGCUGUCAAUCUUGACCUCACUGAGAGACAGGUGAAAGUGUGGUUUCAAAACAGACGGAUGAAGUGGAAGAGAGUGAAAGGAGGACAGCCUGCCUCUCCUCAUGACCUUGAAGCGGAUGAGAUGGACUCCGCCGCCUCUCCCAGCUCUGAGUAAAACUCCGAUCUAGACGUCUCCUCGUAUUUACAGUCACCCAACUCACCCUGGCAAAUACGCACCACGUCCGAUUUUUUUUCACUAGUCCUUCCACGUAUCCCGUUACACUGCAUUAUGGACAAAAGCGUCCGUGCUUCCUGUUGCUCUCUUCGCUCAGAUGACUAAUUAUCAACAGAGUUUCAACAGCUUGGAAGCACCAUCCACUUUCAGUCCACAUGUUUCACUUUCAUUCAUAAACAGAUCGACUGAAAUCAGAGGCCUAUAAAAACCCAAUUACUCAUGUGUAAAAACAAUUUAUGUGAACUGUUCAAGCCCUGGUUUAAUAGCUUUGACCUCCAGCCAUGACGGCAUGAUGUAGGUCUUUCACACUGUGGUGGUGGUGCCUGAAGCCUGAUCAGAACCACCUGUGAAGCUCCACAGAUAGACGGACGGUCUUAGGAUCACGCCAAACCCCCAAAGCAUCGAUAUCACAUGUCUUAAUUUUUCCCCUAAACGGUGUUGUCAGGUUGCUCUUAGAAUAAACCAUUUCUCUUUUUUUUGUACCUUUCUUUUUUAUAUGAAAUUAAUAAAGCACAGAUGUUACUUAAAAAUGAAA